UCUGCCCCUGGGGUGGUGUGUGACCAGGGACUUAACAAUGCUCUGGACACGUCUGCCGCUCUCCUGCCACUCCAAACCCUCUACAGCUGACUGGCAGCCCCUGCGUUUUGAUGGUGGGGCCUUCCAUCUCAAGAAAACAGCGGAGCUGGCGCGGGCUUUGCUGGUGCUUCGCCUGUGCGCCUGGCCCCCGUUGGUUACCCAUGGACUCGCGUUUCAGGCCUGGUCUCAGCGACUCCUGGGCUCCCGUCUCUCGGGCGCACUUCUCCGGGCAUCCAUCUAUGGGCAGUUUGUGGCCGGGGAGACAGCAGAGGAGGUGAGGGGCUGUGUCCAGCAGCUGCAGGCGCUAGGACUCCUGCCUCUGCUGGCAGUACCCACGGAGGAAGAACCGGACUCCACUGCCAAGACCAGUGAGGCCUGGUAUGAGGGGAACCUCAGCACCAUGCUGCGCUGUGUGGACUUGUCACGAGCUCUCGUGGACACCUCUGGCCCAGCCAGAAAUAGCCUCAUGCAGCUGAAGGUGACGGCGCUAACCAGCCCUCGGCUUUGUAAGGAGCUAUCGACUUGGAUCCAAAAGUCAACAGGCUCCUCGGAGCUGAGCCCUGAGAGACUGGCAGAAGCUAUGGACUCAGGCAAGAACCUGCAGGUCUCCUACCUCAACGCCGAACAGAAUCAGCACCUGCAGGCCUCUCUCAAUCGCUUACAUCAAGUGGCCCAGUAUGCCCGGGCCCAGCACAUGAGGCUCCUGGUGGACGCGGAGUACACUUUCAUCAACCCCGCCCUCUCCCUGCUCGUGGCUGCCCUGGCCUUGCGCUGGAACAGACCAGAGGAAGGCGGGCCCUGGGUGUGGAACACUUACCAGGCCUAUCUGAAGAAAACUCACGAACGGCUGGAGCAGGAUGCUGAUGCUGCACACAAGGCUGGCCUGGCGUUUGGGGUGAAGUUGGUACGAGGUGCCUAUCUGGACAAGGAGAGAGCCAUGAUGCAACUCCAGGGGAAGGAAGAUUGCACUCAGCCUGACUAUGAGGCCACUAGUCGAAGUUACAGUCGCUGUCUGGAGCUGAUGCUGCGCCGCGUGUCCCAGCAUGGUCCCCUGUGCCACCUCAUGGUGGCUUCUCACAAUGAAGAAUCCGUUCUUCAAGCAACUAAGCGUAUGUGGGAGCUGGGCAUUCCUCUGGAUGGGCCGGUCUGUUUUGGACAACUUCUGGGCAUGUGUGACCACGUCUCCCUGGCACUAGGACAGGCUGGAUAUUUGGUGUAUAAGUCUAUCCCCUAUGGCUGCCUGGAGGAGGUGAUCCCCUACCUGAUCCGGAGAGCCCAGGAAAACCGGAGUGUGCUGCAGGGUGCCCGCCGGGAACAAGCACUGCUCAGCCAAGAACUGUGGCGGAGGCUGCUGGGAAGGAAGGCCUGAGGGUUACUCCAUCAGCACCGUAGGGGCCAUGUGCUCAAUAAAGGUCCAGAGACUCUGCCUUUGCCUGUA